AUGGAUCAUAUUAAAAUGAAACAAAUUAAAGAUACAUCUGUUGAUGAAACUUUUGUUCUUGAAUCAGAGAUUAGAUCUUAUAAAGUGGCAAUGAUCCAAAUGAAGGUUGUUGGAUGCAAACAAACAAAUAUUAACAAGGCAAAAUCAUUGAUUGAUGAUAUGUAUCAUCAAAUUGGUAAUGAUGAAUCAAAGAAACCACUUGUUAUUGGUCUUCCUGAAUUCUUUAAUUGGAUAGGUGAUAUGAAUGAUAAACAAACUGCUGAAGAGGAUGAUUGUAAAGGUCCAACUUUACAAAUGUUGUCUGGAUUGGCAAGACAAUACUCUGUCCAUAUUGUAAGUGGAAGUAUUAUGGAGAGGGAUUCCACAGUAUCCCCACCAAAAUACUACAACACUAGCUUUAUAUUUGGUCCAGAUGGUAGACUCGUUGACAAGUUUAGAAAGAUGUACCUCUACGAUUCCAAGCUAUGGUUUCAAGAAUCUUCCUAUUUCACCGCUGGUGAUAGACCAUGUAUCGUCGAUCUUGGUAAAGGUAUAAAGAUUGGUGUUGGUAUAUGUCAUGAUAUUCGUCAUUCAGAACUAUCUGACUAUUAUUCUUCAAAUAAAUGCUCACUUGUAUUAUAUCCAAUUUGUUUCAAUAGUGAUAAUGUUGAAACCAUGCUUGAUCUGUUGUUUAGAUCAAGAGCAUUUGAUAGUUAUAUUUAUACAGUAGGUGUCAAUUCAGCAAGAGGAGGAUUAUGUUGGAACCCAACCUAUGAAGUAGGUGGCAAUUCGUUGUGUUGUGGUCCAGCCGGUGAAAUCAUCGAUCGAAUGGGAACCGAGGAAGGUCACUUGAUCACCACCAUCGAUCUAGACAAGAUACAGUACAUGUAUGACGACUGUCCAGUACCACUUAGAAAGAAGCAAGUCAAAGCUCAACCACAAUACUCAACUAGUAGUCGUAUUAGUAUUCCUUCUUCACAUGCAACUGUUUACUCUGCAUAA